CGAGGAGCUGGAGGUGCAGCCGGAGAUGUAGUUGCCGGCAGCAGCCAACAGGUUGCAGCGUUCCCCGCUCCGCCGCCGCCGGGCAACCUCCUCCUCCCUACGUGUCCGGGAUAGGCGGCUCCCAAGGCCGAGGGCGCCCCUGGCGAGUGUGCGGCGAACAGGCAGGAGGGGGAGCCGACAACUAUGUCCGGAGAGUGACGGCCCAGGCAGGCAGCAGUACCCAAUGGACCCCAAAGACCUUUUAAAGCCCUCUAGUGGAUCACCGGCAGUGAAGGGCUCACCUCAUUACAAUGACAAGCCAGGGAAUGUGCUUGAAUUCUUUGGAAAUUAUAGGGGUGGAGUUAGUGUAAGUGUAUCUGCAUCUUGCCCAACCUCAACUGCUUCACAGUCAAACACUAGGCAGCAACAGCAGUUUCUCAAACAGAAAGCCGUGACUGGGGAUUCAACUAAUGGAUUGAAUAACGUGCCUCAGCCAGAUUUGUCUAAAGCAGUUUCACUCUCAAUGGGACUCUACAUGGGAGAGCCAGACACAAAAGGGAUGGGCAAUGAUAUUGCCUUUCCACCCCAAGAGCAAACUGGUAUCUCCACAGGAGAAACUGAUUUUAGUCUCUUGGAAGAGAGCAUUGCCAGCUUGCAGGCUACGACAUUGCCCCCAGAUAGACUCCUAGAGAUGCCAGAGGAUCCUGGGGUUUUAAAAUGUGACGUAUCUGCCCAACCAAGGCCUUCCAUGCUAGGUCAGGGGGGCAGCAAUGGGAACAGCACUAUCAAGCUGUCUCUUACAGACCAAAGCACCUUUGACCUAUUACAGGACCUGGAUAUCCCGCCAGACUCACCUACGGGUGGUAAAAGAAAUCCUUGGCUAGACCCCCUUUUCGAUGAGGAAGAAGCUUUUAGUCUGUUGACCCCACUGGCCACUGAUGAUACUUUUCUCAUGAAAUCUGAAGUACUGAGUGAGAGUAGCAAACCUCUCGGCCUCGAAGAUAGCACACACAAACUCAGCGAUCGUGCCAAGGAAGGACUGUUGUCUACUGCAGCCCUACCAGUAACUCAAGUCAAGACUGAAAAAGAGGACUACAUUGAGCUUUGCACACCUGGGGUGGUGAAGCAGGAAAAGUUUGGUCCUGUUUAUUGUCUAGGCGGGCUUUCAGGAUCUGGCUUAUUUGGUAACAAAUCUUCAGCUAUUUCUGUCCACGGCGUCAGCACUUCAGGUGGGCAGAUGUACCACUAUGACUUAAACACUUCCACCAUCUCACAGCAUCAGCAGGAUCUUAAGCCUAUCUUUAAUCUUGGCUCACCUGGGACUAGCAUUGCAGAAGGCUGGAAUAGGUGCCAUGGAUCUGUGGAUGACAGUUCCGCUUCUCCGGGGAAUGUAAAUUUUCCAAACAGAUCUGUUUUUUCAAAUGGCUAUUCGAGCCCUGGAAUAAGACCUGAUGUGAGUCCUUCUCCAUCCACCUCUUCUACCAGCACGGGGCCACCACCUAAGCUCUGUUUGGUGUGCUCUGACGAGGCUUCUGGGUGCCACUACGGAGUAUUGACUUGCGGCAGCUGUAAAGUUUUCUUUAAGAGAGCAGUUGAAGGUCAGCAUAAUUACCUUUGCGCUGGACGGAAUGAUUGCAUUAUUGAUAAAAUAAGAAGGAAGAACUGCCCGGCAUGUCGCUACCGGAAAUGUCUUCAAGCUGGAAUGAAUCUUGAAGCUCGGAAGACAAAGAAGAAAAUCAAAGGAAUUCAGCAAUCUAAUACAGUUGCAACACGGGAGCCUCCUGAAAGUUCUGUGACCAGAACCAUGGUACCUGCAGCUGUAGCACAACUCACACCUACCCUGAUCUCAUUACUGGAGGUUAUUGAGCCAGAAGUGCUAUAUUCUGGAUAUGACAGCUCCAUACCUGAUACAACCAGAAGGCUUAUGUCUUCUCUCAACAUGCUUGGUGGGCGGCAGGUGGUGUCUGCUGUCAGAUGGGCAAAGGCAAUUCCAGGUUUCAGAAACUUGCACCUGGAUGACCAAAUGACCCUUCUUCAGUACUCAUGGAUGUUUUUGAUGGUGUUUGCACUUGGAUGGAGGUCUUACAAACAAGCCAAUGGAAGUGUUCUGUAUUUUGCUCCUGAUCUCGUCAUUACUGAUGACAGGAUGCACCUACCCUUUAUGCAGGAGAGAUGUCAAGAGAUGUUGAAGAUUGCAGGUGAAAUGUCUCGUCUUCAAAUUUCAUAUGAUGAAUAUCUCUGCAUGAAAGUGUUGUUGCUCAUGUGCACAAUUCCAAAGGAAGGCCUGAAGAGCCACGCUCUGUUUGAGGAAAUCCGUAUGACAUACAUUAAAGAACUGGGAAAAGCCAUAGUAAAGAGGGAAGGAAAUUCCAGUCAAAACUGGCAGCGUUUUUAUCAACUGACAAAGCUAUUGGACUCCAUGCAUGAGGUGGCUGAAAAUCUACUAGCCUUUUGCUUCCUUUCCUUCCUGGAUAAAUCAAUGAGUAUCGAGUUUCCCGAUAUGUUGUCAGAAAUCAUCAGCAAUCAGAUACCAAAAUAUUCAUCUGGAAAUAUAAAAAAACUGUUAUUUCAUCAAAAGUGACUGCCUUAAUGGAACAUAUAUAUCUAUAAGUAUAAAAAAAAGUUGCCUUAAGGAAAGAAAAAAGUAAAAAAAAAAUAUAUAGCUUUUAAUGUAUAAAAAAAGAGAGCCUAAAGAAAUCAGCUGUUCUUAUUGUCCUUGCAACGGUGUUCCUUUUGUAAUUAUGCACUACAGUUCUUGUGGUUUACAGAGGGCCAAGUUUUAAACUAUGGGAAAUUCCUCAUUUCAGCAAUGAGAUGGAGCGAAUAAGAGGGGGUUGAAUAAGAGUCUGCAUUGUGAACAUUCUGCUCGUAAUUCUUGCAUUGGGAUGAGUUUCUUUUGCUGAAUCUAUUUUUUUUCCUUUAAAGUGUUUUGUUUUGUUUUUUAGGUGACAUUAAGGGGGAAUAGUUAUGAAUUCAGUUUUUUUUUUUUAAAUGUUAUUUAUAAAGCAAAUCUUAUUCCAAGCGUUCUUUUUAGCUCCACCUAGAGAUGUUGCUUUUUUGCUUUACACAGUCCCAGCAGCAACAGCCGUGUCUUAGGGCGGACAGGGUGAGAGUCAAAGCUUGGAAACCAUAAGAAUUUUUUAUAUUCAUUAUAAUGACAAAAGGUCUUGGAUUUUCUUUGUAAAUAACCUGUUAAAAAUAAAAGAAGUCAUAGUUCCCCUUUAGAAAGGUUUAAUGCAUGUAACCAGAGGAAAGUUUACAAGCGUCUAUCAGAAAAGGGAAGUUGUGCCUUUUUAGGUUGGAUCUAGCAAUCCUCUCAAUAUUUUACAACAAACUGGCUUGUUCCUUUUUUUCUUACAUUUUAGGAUUUUUUUUGUUUUGUUUUUGUGGUUUUUUUUUUUUUUUUGUAUUUUUACAACAACUAUUGUACAGAUAUGGCCUUAGGGGAAUUUGUUUGCAGACAGGGGCAGCUUUGAGCUUUCCUAACACAUUUAUAAAAAUAGUCAGUAACAUAAAAACAAAAAGAGACAAAAAAAAAAAUAAACUCAAACACUUUCUCUCAUCCACAGUCAGGUAUUCACGGAGGAUGUGAUUUCCUUUUCUGCCUCUUCCUCUCUAAGAGUCUUUAUCUGCCUCCUCUACCAUUCUUGCUUAGCACACUCAGCUACUUGUCCAAAUGGAAGACACAUGCCUACCAUGAUUAUUUGCUGCAUAUUUGGAUCCGCUCCUGGCACAGGUACCCACACUAGUGCUUGUCCCUGUGUGUAGGUGUCUGCUAUCCAUCUUGGCUUUAAAAUAGCUAAGCCUAUACUGACUAGUACACCAUACCGAAGUAAUAGAUCCUGGCGACUACACACGCCAGAAACAUGCUUUCUGUACCAGUUUCACCAGUGCCAUAAGACAGAAUGCUAUUUUAGAAGCUGCUGUAGCCAUUUCAAUAGCCUACAGAAUGUAUAUGUCUUUUAUUAACAAAAAAAAGUAUUUAAAAGAAAAAAAAAAAACUAUACAUAAUUGUUUUUGCCAGCCAUUCACUUUAAAGAUUUUUUAAUCAGAUUUUUUUAACUUUAUCAGGGUCACUACAAAGCCACUGUACGCAGGGUUAUUAAGACAGAAACAUAUAUAUAUAGAAAUCUAUAUAGAGAAAUUUAUAUAAAAGUUCAUUUUCGGGAAAGGAGAAACCUUUUCAAGCUGUGUUGCUAAACUAACCUAUUUAUAGUUUUCCACAAUGUAUGCCAUAUUGGUAUAAUUGGAAAUGGGACAGAAUAUGAAAGGGCUACUGCAGCUUGAGGUAACAGUGUGUAAUAACUGUUAAAUGCUUUAUAUUAUAUAUUAGAAUCGUUAUAAUAAGGAAGGCUUAAGCACUUUCUAUUGGGUUGUUUUAUUCGAUGCGCAGAGCUAAACCGCCAUUUGCAUUAGCUGUACUGAAAUCCUUGUAACGUUCCCGCGUGACAGUGUCAAUUCUAAUAAGUGACUAUCUGUUCUGUCGUGUACCUCCUCACUAGUAACUGGACUGUAAGCACUUGGCCAGUUUUUCAAAAUGUCUGUGUUUUUCCCCUCCCUGCACCCUAAGAAGGUAAAGCCAUCCUGAGAAAUGUCAGGCCUGUUUGGCCGCGAUAAGAGCAUCAUGGUGCAAAAACCCAUGAAUCUGUAGAGUUGGAAUGAGUGACGUGAAAUCUGUUUAUUUGUAUACCCAACUCAGUGAAAUUCCACAAGGAGAAAAGCAGGUUUUGUUUUGUUUUUUUAAGGCAAAAAUGAGAAAUUCUAUACUUUUUAUAGCUUUCAUAAGCAGGAAAUAUUCAUAUGUUUUGUUCACAAUGAUCGAAAAAGCCUUUCAGAUUUGUAUCAUUUCUUGUGUAAAACAAAUCACUACAUUUGUGGAGUUUUAUUUUCCCUCUUUUCUGUAAAGCAAUUGGACUGUAACUCAACAUUUUCCAAAACUCAUUGGCGCCUCUGCAAAGAGGUGGAUACAAGAAUGUUACCUGCUCUUUGGCAUAGUGUUAGCCUCCCACACCCAUCUCCUGUUGUGCCUUCAAGUGCCUCUCUUGUACAAAGCAAUGGCAGCUUCUAGAGCAGUAGUGACAAUGAUCAUCUACAGAAUACCUGUCAUCUACAUGUGAGGGGGUGAUCCUCAAAGCAAUGUAUUUGUAUUUAAGGAAAGUAUUAAUACAUUAGAUAGAGAAACCUUUGUCCAUCAGUAAUAUGCAUCUGCAGACUUCUUUACCGCUUUUGGAAUCUAUUACAAACUCUUUUUAUCGCAGUUGCUGUGACAUUUUUUUCCACUUUCUUGUAAACCAGCCUUUAUAUUGUGAGCCCACACGCACUGUGCAGUGAUGAGAAAACAUUACACAACUUUAAAAAAACCAUUUAAUUGUAUUGUGGGGUUCAUUUACUAAAGAAUGGGGAGAUUUCUAAGCUUAUGUUUAGCUUUGGUCAUAUCUUAUGGUACAGUCUUUGUACUAUGUUGUUGUUAUCCCUUAGGCUUCAGUAAAUCCCAGAUUUUUUUGUGUACAUUUUUGUAUAGUGAAUUCUUAUUUCUGUAUAUAGAUUGAAGCAUAGAGUGGCUAACCCCAGUCCUCAAGUGCCAAUAAACCCCACCCAUAAUAUUUUGCAUACAGCUAACAUUGCCUACAAAAUAAUAAAACCAUGGAGUGGUCUUGGUUCUGUAUCAAGUACAGAAUGAAAUAAUAAAGCCAUGAAGUGAUAUAUCUGUGUAGAAACAACAUGAUGUAUAAACCACGCUUGAGGACCAUUGUUGUCUGUUUCUGAUUUAAGCACUUACUGUGUUUGGUUACCAGUUGCUCAUAAUACGAAUGUGGCCUGGCGUCUAUUGGUGAUAUCCAUAUCUCUGUACAACUUUGUUUAUUUUAUAGUUUUAGUCGCUAGUCAUUGUUGCAGGAUAUGUAUUUAACAUUUGUGGUCAUAAUGUCUGUAGGGCUUGCUUUUAAAUUUGCAACCCAAAAAUGUGAGCGUGUAAAAGGUUGAUCUGUGUAAUUCUAGGUGUGAAUAUAUUGAUUACUUUGAAGCCCUUAAUGAAAUGCUUACGGCUGUUUAUUCUUGUUUAGGGCAGCUGCCAAUGUAAAGAUUAUCCCAAAUUGCUUCAUAUAAUGAGCUUUAAGUACCAUAUAUUCUGUUCAACAGCAAACAGAAAAAUCCAGAUUUGCUCUACAAAAGUGAAUUUGUAUUUUCUGUUUUUUUCCCUCAUCUCAAUUUGUUUUUCUGGUUGUUAAUUAAACCUACCCAUCAAAGUACACUUCAUUACAGCCCAUAGCUAAAAAACACAACAAAAAGAAACACCUGUUGCCACAUGUAUGGCAAGCAAAGCAAAUCAGAAAGUCUUCUUCGGAAUAAAUUAAUUCAGAACAUCAUAAUGCUAGUACUGGUUUUAACUUAAGUAUUCCUGAUACAACCUACAUUAUGUUUGCACUACAGAAAUAUUGUAUUCACUAAUCUGCAGCUCUUAGAUCUGACCUACCCAGCAAAGUGGCACACUAAGUGGGUUUUCCAGGAUCGGAGGCAGUUACAGAAGAAGUUUGUAGUCUCUAAAUACAAUAAAAAAUCUUUUGUUUCUAAUUGCUGUUAGACCCUUAGUUCAUGAUACUAAUUAAACAUGCUUGGAUGCUUACCACUUAUGUCAUACUUUUAGAUCACCCAGAUAUAAAUCACUGCAAUCUAGACAUCUACAUCUCCUUAUUGGGAAGCUGAACGGAACAGGUUGUUAUCAUGGAUGACUUUGGAUCAUGGAUUUUUUUAAAAAUAAAUUAAAGGGAAAAUAUACCUCUUGCCUUUUUGAUAUGAGCUCAACUAGCUGGGCUUGUAAAGGAAAGUCACAUAAACUCUGACCUUUGAAAUAAUUCAAUGUAUUUAUUUUUUUUAAUACAGAUUAAUUACAGAUUUGCCCAGAUUCUCUGCAAGAGGGGUGGCAUUAUACAGUAAAUCUAAGGUGGGCACUGGGCAGGGAAUGGUUUCCUUUCAAUCUGUAGAAUCAGGUAUGUGUGUGCAAAAACAUACAUUCAUAUUUCUUUUUGGAAGGCCAAGUAAAUGAGCUCAUGUUGAAAAGAGAGGCAUAUUUUCCCUUUAGGUAGGCAUGCUUGCUUAUAUCGGGAUAUCUCUGAUUAUUGGUUUACUGUGUUUUCAUCCUUAGCACAUGGCAGUCUUGCACUUGGUAAAUAUUGUUUACACAUGGCUCAAGUGAAUAUAUGAGUGGGUGGGAUUGCAAAUUAAGGGACUUUAAUCUUUUUGUUUUGUACAUCUAAUUUAUGGAAGCCCCAAAAUGAACUCACUGCUUCUAGAUAAACCCUUUCCUGACUUUAGGAGAACCACUUUGGGAAGAUGUGGGAUUUCAAAUCUGAUUAACUGUAUGCUAACACAUCCCUUCACAUCCCCCCCUUAUUAAGACAGAAAAGCAAAACCUGAAUGAAUUAGCCCAUUUCUGCCAGUAGUAUGAUGGUACUUUCCAGCAAAUCUAGAUCAUUGCGUUAAAACAUUUCUUCUAACUCUCUAGAAAACUGCAGUAGCACUUACUGUGUUGGCCAUCUCUUAGCAGAUACAAGAUAUACAUAUUUGAAUUAUGAAAUAUAUAUAUAGAUAUAUACACAUAUAGUAACGUUUAUUUUAGGUAUGAUAGAAAGUUAUAUAUGAAAAAGAUAAAAGCAUGAGCAUUUUAGGAAGUUAAGUGUGAUUUAAUAUAUUUUUAUAUUUUAUUUUUCUCAAUGUGGGGAUAAACUGAAUGAAAAGAAAAUUUUAGAAAGGCCGCUGCCGCUCUUUUAACUACACAAUGUAAUUAUUGACUGUAUUAUAGCUUGUAUAGUGUAUAAUAAAAAGGGUGGGAGUUGGGCUAUUGGACUUUUUUUGUUUUGUUUUUUCAAACCUACUAGAUUAGUGACAAAUGGGCUUUUUUUUUUUGUCAUUAUUGUUUUUGGAAGGUUACCUGCUUUUAUAUUGUGCCAUCCCAACGUGUCAGAAUCCAGAAUUCUAUAUUAGCCUGAGAGAAGAAAAAAAGCAUGGCUUGAGGUUCAGUUUGUAUUCAACUAGAAAACCCACAGCGCCAUAAAUAUUACUCUGAAUGAGCCAAAUUGUCUCUUCCUCGUCCAAUAAUCUCUCCUCACAACAAAAGAUGGGGUGUCAGAAACCUGCUUUGGAUAUUUCCUCCCUGUGAAUCUAGGAAUGUUAUUCUGUUUCUGUUCUAAACAAACACUGAACAUGAUUAAAAACAGACAAAUAAACUGGCUUCUAUUUUGUUGUGAAAUUUCAAUGAUCCAUUAUUUUUUUCUACCCAACAUAUUGUGUACAUUUAUUAGACUGAUCCAUCUUAACACAAGCUCCACCCCUCAGACUUCCCAUAUCCCAUAUGUGUAAGUGUAACAGCAUAGUAAGAGCACUGCACAACUUCACAGCUUCCAUGUUAUCUUACCUUGCCCUUCCUUUAUAGAAUUGAGAACGAAAAUCCCUUAACAAAAAAUAAGAAUCCAAAUUCUAAUCUGGCCAUUAAUUAUAGCAAUUUUGAUGCACAAUGCAUGCAUUACAUUUGUGCAAAGGAAAACCUGGGCACAUCAUGCAUAUUUAUUACUUUUAUUGCUUUCCCCCAUAAGUUGUCUUGUAAUACUCUGCCCGGAGAGUCAUAGGGAAUGUAACCCAAAGAGCACAUAGUAGGGACAGUCUUAUACAUUCUCCAUAAAUAUCAGAAAGGGCCAGACCCCUCUUCCUGUGACCGCUCUAGAUAUAUACUGCUAAUUUGGAAAUUACAUUUUUAGGUAAAUAAUUGAAAACAUGUGUAGUCAUAAGACAUAUGCCUGAUAAAUCAGUAGUAUGUACCUUUCAUAGUGCAUUAUGCAGAAAAUAAAUUGAGAAGCCCUUACACUAGAUCUUUCUGCUCCCCUUUGUGAAUAUAUUCUAGCAACUGAUGGGAGUGAUUUGCAGUUGUGUAGUACAUACGUACAACCAGGGCAGUGGGAACAUGGGAUCCCAGUAAAACACCCCAAGAUAUGGAUUACUCAAUCUGAAAUAAAUAUAGUUUAAACAUUUUGAAUGUUUCGUCUUUAUAUUAUGGGUUCUAGGGGUUGUCAACAUCUUGGCUGAUUCAGAAAAGAGGGAAACAGCCUUAAAAGGGCUUUAAAAGAAGGUAAUUAAAACACGUUUUCUUUAGCCUUUAAACAUAGAUUUAUAUGAAUAGAAGAUACUUGUCCAAGUUCAACCUUGUGGCCCAAGUAAAUACUACCCAAACUUUAGUUAAUCCAGAACGUAUCCAGAUUACUUCCUGGGGGAAAAAAACUCAUUCCUCAUACUUAAAGGGCAACCGAUCCGAUCCCGGCAUUAGAUAUACAACUAGAGAAACAUUAUUUAUGAAUAAGAAGACAUUGCACCUAUAAAGGUGUGCUUGGGAGCUUAAACCAGUAAAUCAGCCUUACAGUAUUAUCCUGCCCUGGACCAAAUAUUUUGUUAAAAGCCAUAGCACUUAUGAAUGUGAAAUUAGAGGUCUAGUACACAGCACUAAUGAAUCAGGUUAUUUCUGUUCUGUGGCUACUUGUCAGCACAUUAUUGUUAUUACCCUUUAUACAUCCCCCUAUUCGAACUUAAAAAAGUCCUAUUCACUCACACACUGUGUUCAGUUUGAUCAGGAACCCAUUAACUUCCCUGUAUGUCUUCUUGUUUACUUUGUGAAGAUCCUCACACAAUACCUAUAAAGUCGCAUUGCUUUACGGGAAUGAGUGUUGGUUGGCGCUGCUCUUUGUAGACGGGGUAAAUAAAACCAUGGCAUGUUUUAGAAUGCUGUUCCUCAGCUUGUUUCAUAGCUACAGAUAUUCUCAAAGCAUGGGGAAUGCUCUCUGCCCGCACUUUUGCUUGAUUAUUACGGACUUGAUUAUUUUCACUCAACCAAAAGUAAAAGUGAUACCUGGCUUUGUAAGGAUUGAUAUUCUAGGGGUUACUACACCUGUUUGGAAUGGUGUGACUUUAUUUGACAUUUUUCCAUGUGUUCUCUGUGUCUCUGAUGUUUAAUUGGAAGUGGGAAUUAUUCUAAAAAGAAAAAAAAAAAUUAUGGAGGAUUAGGUAGUGAAAAAUGUGAAUAACGUAUAGGAAACACUGUUGUGAAUAGCAAUUACUCAUGCUCAUAUUAUAUGUGCCAUUUUUGCACUAAAAUUGGUCUGCAAUAACUUGUUCCUCAAAAUUCUGAAAAAGUAAUCAUGCAGGGGCUUUUUGUUUUAAGCCAUCGUUGGGUGUUGUGCUUGAGAGUUGUGUGUGGGUUAAUUAACAGCAAGCUAACGUUACUGCAUCAUAUAAUGGGAGCCUUAUGCCUUCACUAAUAUAUAAAGAUUCCCAAAGUCAUCACAGCACAACGCAAACUGUAUUUGCUAAACUGGUAUCUUUUGCCAUGUUUUAUUAUAAAUGAGUACAUUCAGAAAAUGUGGUUGGACAAAAGGCACAAUGAGGCUUAUUAAUGACCGACACUGCCAUAGGUAGGAUAGUGAGUUGUAUAAGUACCAGCUUUAUUCGCUUCAUAUUAUUAAAGCAGACCAAUAUGGUAACCUACAUUUCUACAUAACAAGAUUGGUAUAUAUUAGCAAAGUGUUCAUGACAUAGGAUGCCUACAGCCAAGAGAACAGCACUGCAGAACUGAGCCUUUUGUCAAACUGAUGGCCAAUCAAAACCAGUUUAGCUCUGACUUGCAUUAUCCAUCGCCAAGCUGGAUCAGCAUUUCACUCUCAGUAUAGAUGAUCCUCUGCUCCACUUGCUCUUGGUUGUUGGAGUUUAUGUUUUUUUUUUUAAAUUUACAUGGAUCUAUGCUUCUAUAUAGCUGCACCUUGCUAUAUAUAAAUAUCACCUUCCCUGGCAUUUGGGCCAUUGUCUAUGAAGAUGGUACAUGACCUUGACCAUAACCAUGAAUUUUGUUCUCCAGUUGGAAUUUCCAGUUGUUACAGUCUGUUUGUGUGAAGACAUCUCAAAGUCGUGUUUAAUUCUCUUAAAUUGUCUAGAUUUUUUUUUCAUUCAAAAUGUGUACUUCUUUACAAAUAUCCCCAUAAAGAGCAAAAGAAUCUGAUGUCCAAAUGAGAGUAAAAUCAGCGAUUUUUCAAAAUUUUCUAUGCCAUUCAUUGUAAACCCUGUAAAAAGAAAAAGCAACAGUAACUCCUUCAUGGAAAUGUGUUUUUCUUUUUAUUAAUGCUAAAUUACAUUUCUGUCGUAAUGUCUUUUCAUUUAUUUUGUGGGAUGCUGAAUGAUAAAGUCUCUUCUUGUGUGAAGCCGUUGAGCUUAUUUUCUCUUCACUUGAUGUUCAGGUAAAACCCAGUGACAUUUUUACAGUGGUUGCGGUAAAUGUGAGACAUUUCCUGCAACUCUAAAUAAAUGAAAUCACAAUAAAAGAAAUGCUUUUUUCAUUAAACUGUUAA